AUGGCUCGUUUUGCCAUUUUACUCUUUUCACUUUUCCUUCUGAGCCACCGACUCACAUCCGAGCCGACACAGGACAAGCAAGCGCUCCUUUCAUUCAUCUCUCAAGUUCCUCACGCUUCUCGUAUCUCAUGGAACGCGUCGGAAUCAGCUUGCUCAUGGAUCGGCGUUACUUGUGACCCAACUAACUCCUCCGUCAUCUACCUCCGUCUACCUGGCGUCGACCUCGUUGGGAGCAUACCACCGAAAACCAUUGGAAGUUUAUCUCAGCUCCGUGUUCUGUCACUCCACUCCAAUGGCCUCACAGGCGGCCUCCCUUCUGAUUUCUCCAAUCUCGCUUUCCUUCGCAGCGUUUACUUGCAGGAUAACAGGUUUUCCGGUGGGUUCCCACCGAGUCUAUCCGAGUUGACUCGUUUAACCCGUUUAGAUCUCUCCCGCAACAACUUUUCCGGCUCGCUUCCGUUUUCCAUCAACAAUUUAACCGAACUCACUGGGCUUUUCUUAGAGGACAACGCUUUUUCCGGCCAACUUCCGAGUAUAAGCCCGGCGAGUUUAGUCGCGCUGAACCUCUCAAAUAAUAAUCUAAAUGGUUCGAUUCCUACGUCGUUGGCUUCGUUUCCGGUAUCUGCAUUCUCCGGGAACAUUAAUCUCUGCGGUGAUCCUUUACCCGCUUGUAAUAGCUCAUUCUUCCCUUCCCCGGCGCCAUCUCCAUCUUCGGAUGAACCACCGGCAUUACACAAAAAAUCAAAGAAGAAGCUAUCAACCGGGGCAAUUGUCGCUAUUGCAGUCGGAUCGGCGCUUGUUCUAGCUUUAUUGUUGCUAAUCCUACUCCUCUUUUUACGAAAAAAGAGAAAUCAGCGGAGCAAACAAUCUCCAAAACCUCCGUUACCUGCUUCAACAGCUGCUUCCAGAGGGGUUGCCGAAGCCGGGACUUCUUCAUCUAAAGACGACAUUACCGGCGCGUCGACGGAAGGUGAGAGAAACAAGUUAGUGUUCUUCGAUGGCGGGAUUUACAGUUUUGAUUUGGAAGAUCUGUUGAGAGCAUCAGCUGAGGUUUUGGGGAAAGGGAGUGUUGGGACGUCGUACAAGGCGGUGUUGGAGGAAGGAACGACGGUGGUUGUGAAGAGACUGAAAGAUGUGGUAGUGACAAAGAAGGAAUUCGAAUCACAAAUGGAGGUUUUGGGGAAGAUGAAGAACGAAAAUGUGGUUCCAUUGAGAGCUUUCUAUUUCUCAAAGGAUGAAAAAUUGCUUGUUUCUGAUUACAUGCCUGCUGGUAGCUUAUCUGCUCUUCUCCAUGGUAAUAAUUUCUUCAUCUUUCUCACCACAUUUCGAGUUAUUUAUUCCAUUUUUGAUUGA